CUAGUCCGACGAGCACGCGGUUGCCAUCGAUGAUCGAACGUCCAUGUCUUUCAGUCCGACAAACGCGAUCGGUACGUUAACACGUUACCAACGAGACAUAGACGAUCAAGCGCGACACGGGAGAAACGCAUAUUCUUACGCGAUCAGUGCAGAUAUAUACAACUGAAGCCUAGCGACAGAAAUUCAUGUGGGAUUUUCCAAAAAAUAAUUAUUGUCGAUCGGUCUGUUGUAGUUUGCCCGUUGUCCGGUGAUUUAUCAAAUAAUACGCUCUUAGUGCAAAAAUAAAAAUUUUAAGUAGUUUUAUUUAUUUAUUUAUUGUUGAAAAAACAAGUGUUCUAACAAUCGCACCUCGUGCUUGGUCGUAUCCCAGCACGCAGCAUUUCUAGUAUCGUCCGCAUCGAGUGUAGCGGAUCACCACGUGUUUGUGCGUGUGCGUAUGUGACGCAACGAUUUAGAGAUCCAAAACAACAAUUUACCAAUAUGACAAACUCGCUGUUCAACUGCGGAGAAACUGUGGCCAAGACACAAAAUCGACCACACGCCGUGUCAACUGAAGCGGACCAAUGGUGGCAAGAAAUGGUGUCAUCGUCCAGCAGCAAUAGUGGUAGCAACCAAGGAUCGGUGUCGUCCGAGCCUAGACGCGGUAGACAAGGACAGGGACGCCGAGGUGGUAACGGAAACGGAUCAUCCGGAAAACAACAGUACAACAACAACUGUAACAACACAAGCAAUAGCAUUAGUAGUCAGCAACAGCUGCCACCACCCCAACCGCCAAUGGGGUCCAGGUACAAGACCGAAAUGUGCAGGCAGUACAUUGAAAAAAUUAAGUGCGCGUACGGCGACAAGUGUCAAUUUGCUCACGGCGAACAGGAUUUACGUCCAGUCUUCAGACAUCCCAAGUACAAGACCGAACCAUGCAAAUCGUUCAACUCUGCCGGAUACUGCCCGUAUGGCCAGCGGUGUCACUUUGUGCACAAGGGAGACGGUUACAUUCAACCACCACCAGCGUCACCACCAUUGUCAACGUCGUCAGGCAUCGGAAGCGACGGUUCUUUGGCUGAUCUUGGAGGCCUAGGCGGUAUGUUGGACGUGUUCACACCACCACAGUCGCCCGAGGGACGGUUACCCGUAUUCAACAGACUGUCUGGUUCACCUACCGGCACGCCAGACGUGUUCGCCUUUCACGCUAUCACCUCCGUUGGUCACAAGUCUCUGUCGCCUUCCAGACGUCUCAGCGAUCCAGAACCCGAUUUCGGGUUCUACGGUUUCUGAUGGAAAAAAAAAGAAAAAGAAAGAAAAGAACGUGAUACAACGACGACGUAAGCGCGCCGCUGCCUUAUUGCCCACUUUGUUCUUUUUUUUUUUUUUUUUUGAUACCAAACGUGAUAAGAAAAAAAAAGUCUUGUACAUAGUUUAAAUUAUAUUUUUCGUUAAUGUUUUAGUAUUUUUUUUUUUUUACAAUUCAAUUAGGCGUUCGUUUUACAGACAAUUCUGAUGUUCCGAUUUUUUUUUUACCCACUACUACUACUAUUACUAUCUAUUAUGAAAUAAUAUCGCAUUCCUAAAAAAAAACAGAACUAACAACAAACGAAACAACUCUAUCCGAUUGAUUAGUUAUUAAUUAUAAUUAUUAUUAUAUACUCGUAUAUUAUGCGUGUUAUAUUUUUUUUUAGGAUUAAUUUGGUCCGCGUUAACCUCAUUGACGAUCUAAUAGUCCGCAAUGAUCCGUAUACGAACCCGGUAAAUGUUGUCCGUGUCCUCCCCAUCCAUUCAGGUCGGGGCCGGAUUUAUUAACGAUGUAUUAUAUGGACGUAGAAUGUUGUUGAUGCUUGUGGUGGUAUCAUAAAUUACAUCAAUGUCUAGUUCUUCAGGGGACUGUUCAUGUCGAGUAUGGGUAAAGUAUUAGGCUAAAGUGGCCCGUGUAUUUUUUGUUACGGGCGACGGUAGCGGUUUUGUGGAUAUUCAAAUUAUUAUCCGGCCGAAUUCGCGUUUUUCGGAGCUGUUAAUAAUUUGACACCUCCACCUCAACCGCCGCCAUCGCACGUACCUCAUAAUACACAUGCCGUUUUUCAAGUUUCCAAUUAUUUUCCUCACACCCGACUGUGUUCUCUAGUGUAAGAGACCAUCUCGUCAUCAUUAUUCAUCAUCUACCUCAUGCGAACAUUUCAAAAAAAAAAACGAUACUGUGUGUCCGGUCAGCGCUUACGAUUGCAUACGAUGACGUCCCUACCGAUUUCGUAUACGAAUCAUUGUUCUCGUGCAUCGUCAAUAUAUUUAAUUAAUAUUAUUAUUAUUAUUUCAACAAAUAGACUUUAAUGUUAUUAUUAUUAUUAUUAUUAUUCUAUUAUAUUGGUUCAUAUAAAUAUCCCUGCAUAACCUAACUAAGUAUAUUUGUUUUAUUAUAAUUAUUAUUAUUAUUAUACACACUGACCGACUUUUUACCACUAUUUAUAAUACUGUGUAAUACUUAAUGAAAUUGUGUAUUUAUAUAUGUUUAAUGUUGUACCUAUUAGAGAGACUUCGCCGUGUAUAUUAUUCUAAACAAUUAUUUCUUUUUUUUUAAUUCAUAAAAAAUGAAACAUCCUUUUCUAUUAAACAUCGCGCAAGCGCGUUGUACGAAACUUUUGCAUACUAUACAACAUCUGUAUAACAAAGUUCACUACGGUAUCUAACUGUAUUUGACUCGAUCAUUAACAAAUCUCAAUUAAUUUUUAAUUUAAUAGUAAUGUAUAAAAAUUAAAACGGUCCGGUUAAUGUCUCUUCUUAACUCGUUUUGUUGUGUUAUUGAUCGCAGCGGACUCAAACCGCGUGCGUCUUAUUUAUCCUUUUUUUUUUUUUUUAUAUAAUAAUAAUAUGUAUUGUAUUUAGUCGUGUUUGUGUGUGUUAAGCUCUCAUAUGCGUUAUUUUUAUUAUUAUAUUUUUUAGAAUCGUAAUUUAUUAAUUUAUUAUUUUUGUCACUGCGCUACACCAAACGCGUUUAAUUUUGUACUUUUUAAUAUUAUUAUCACUUUUUUUUUUUUUUUAAUUGCAUUUUUCUCUGUAUUCCUUUUUAUAUAUACACACCUAGAUGGUGUAAACACAAGACGAUAACAAGUGUCGGUGCCGCCGUUUCUCUAUUUCAAAUUGCUAAUGUACUUAUAUAACCAUAAUAUUAUUACUAUCUAAAGUGUCAUUUGACAAAUUUGUUUUGCAUUGCUCUUAUUUUGAUUAUUACUACGAAUUAAUUUUAUUUAUUAUUAUUAAUAUAAUUUACAUGUGUUUGGUUAAAAGCGUUAAACGGAAAAGUUUUUAAUAAUAAAUAUUUUGAUUUAA